GUUGGGCACGCUCUGCGUGACUUUAUCCGCGGGCCUCGAGGUAACAUGCUCUGAGAUGUGACAUGUAUCAAUCUCAAGCAGGAGACUUGAGAGCCACAUCAUGCUAAUCAAUGUUGGUAGCUGCCAGUACCAGUGGCGCGCCGAGUCGCGCGCAGACGGUGUUUUCCCUGGGUAAUCUACAGCCCCGGACAGCGGCUGCGCCGCCCAGGACCGGCAGAGCAUAUUGGGCGCCGCCACGCAGUGGCCAUGGGCCGUUCAAUGCAGGCGUCACGGACCAAAGCUAUCCUUUUCCAGACUCGGGUACAGGCAGAUCCCCUGAAGAGCGUCAGCUGUCGCACGAACCUGCGCAGCACGCUUCUACAGGCCCAGGGACCCCGUAUACUAGACCUAGCAGUAGUUUCCGCCAGCCUUUUACGCCGCAGGACGAUGCAGUUCUACAGAAUAAUAUCCCCACAGCCGCUGCUGCUGGCUCAGCGGCCACUACGAGCCCUUCCACGCCUCCUAAUCACAGCCAGCUAUCUAUGCACGACCUUAUCCCAGCACCGCUUUUCACUUCGCCACCGCAUUCGAGGCAAGGCUUGGAUCCGCGUGUCCCGGAAUCGGCGUACGAUCGCGUUACGCACAUGGUUAAUCGGGAAGGGACACAAGGCCUCCUAGACACUAAUCAAUGCGGUUCCACGGCUGCGGAUGGCCCACUCAAUCUCAACAGGCCCUCCGCAACAGCCACAAGUCUCCGUGACAGCAACGCCGACGCCGAAACAGCAGUACCGGACGUGCAGCUCGCUCCUACAAAUACGCAUUUUGCAACCACACCCACAACCCCAGAUCCUGACCCAACCCUAUGCAACCCCAUCAACGCAACAUCCUCCUACAAAAACAAACAAAAGCAACCGUCAUCGCCCAUCCCCACACACCCCACACGCCCUGCCACCCUCCACCUUCACACUUCACCCUACUCCUCUACCCGUCCUGCCACGCCUCCUGGCACAGGCCUCAUUCGCUCCGCCGCCUUGCCAUCACUCCUCCCCAUCGCAGCGAAAGAGGGCAUUGUGCGACCGAGGGGAUUGCCACUGCCCAGGGCUGUGCCUGCUUCCACACGUUCAACUGCUUCAGUACAUUUGGUUGCCUCUGUUCCGUUUGGUGCCUUGGUUCUACCAGGUCCUUCGCAUCGCUCAGGCACCUCGUUCCACUCGGCGGCCUCGACACGCGCGCUCUAUGGCUCGGCUACGGCUGGUGGUAGUAGUGCGAGCUCAGCCGGCACGCAGGAAACAUGGCGGACGGCACGAACGGCGCAGGCGACGCCGGUGGCGGGCGGCAUUGCUGCGCCCGUUGUGCCAGAAGCUUUACGUCCGAAGGCUCGGGCACCGAUGCGUCCGGGGCCGGGGAACGGAGCACAGUCUGCUCGUAGAAGUGGGCAAAGGAACAGGGACAGGCUGAUGAGGGUGGUUAUGUGGUGUUGUUGUCAACCUUUUCAUUCUGGGAGCUGUGGGUGUGAGCCUUGCACUGCAAGGCGGGCGAGGAGGAUGAGGAGGGGGUAUCGGUGGGUGAUGUUUCAGGGGCCGGUGGUGGAUGGUGCGGUUCAUGGGAUGGUGUGAGGGGUUGUGAUAGUGGUUUGUGGGGUGGGAAUUGAAUGAAUGUGCGUGUGGUUGUGCUGUGUGGGUGGGUGUAGUGAGGUGAGUAUCGUUCAAUUGCGUCUGCGGUUCUCUCUCUAGUCUUAUUUUGCUGCGACGGAAUCGUGAUCGUGAUCAGGGUAAGUAGUUAAGGUAGGUGAACGCUGAUGAAGGAACGGGAAGGUAAGUAAGUAAGUAAGCGGGUAGGUAGAGUAAGUUCAGCACGGUAGGCAGUACAUAUCUGAAAUCAGAAGCAUAACCUCACCCCCG